AUUGUUUUACCUUAUGUAAUGUGUGUCUAGGGUUAUGAAAAUGGUUCUUACUUGAAGACGAUGAUACACACAAUGGUUAUAAAAUAACUAGCAGCUGUUUAUUUUUAUUUAUUUAGUUUCUGUUAUGGCCGUUGCCUCCCUCUACAGUUCUCGGGGUGAGCCAUUCACAGCGCGUGCACCGAAUUUGAAAAUGUUUUAGUAUUUUCUGUCAUUGUGUGUGGUUCCUCCUCGACAGGGACAGGACACGGAUCCUCCAGCGGGAGUUACAUAUCCGAGUGUUACAUAUAUCGUUUACCUGGGUCGGGGAAGUGGCUUUUCCAUCUGUUCAUGUUAGUCCGUCUCCUCUAUAUCGCCAGCUUCCUUAAAUCUCUUUGUGGUGCCGCCCUGAUCCCGAACGCCGUGCGCGCGCCGGGCCACAGAGAGCGAGCCGGAGAAGGUCCUCGAGCACUUCGCACACACACAGAUUGAAACAGCGCGAGAGCGAGCGCGGUGGUCUAUAAUGGCUGCCAGAAAAUCAAAAGCAAGAGAGAAAAAACUGACAAUAAAUCCAUAAUAAGAAACGUUCGACAGUAAUUAAUGGUGAGAGAAUGGUGAGUAGUCAGCCGAAGUACGAGCUGCUUCAGGAGGUGGGUCGCGGCGGUUACGGAGUGGUGUACGAGGCGCUGGUGAAGAAGACUGGUGCUCGGGUGGCAGUGAAGAAGAUCCGCUGCCAUGCUCCAGAGAACGUGGAGUUAGCACUACGAGAGUUCUGGGCUCUGAGCAGCAUCCAGAGCCAGCACCCCAACAUUAUUCACCUGGAGGAGUGCAUACUGCAGAAAGAUGGCAUGGUGCAAAGAAUGACGCAUGGAUCCAAUUCAUCUCUUUACCUGGAGCUGGUGGAGACUUCGCUGAAGGGAGAGAUUGCCUUUGACCCCCGCAGCUCCUACUACCUGUGGUUUGUGAUGGAUUUCUGCGACGGAGGAGACAUGAACGCGUACCUGCUUUCCAGGAAACCGAGCCGCAAGACCAACACCAGCUUCAUGCUGCAGCUCGGCAGCGCCCUGGCCUUCCUGCACAAAAACCAAAUCAUCCACAGGGACCUGAAACCGGACAACAUCCUGAUCUUGCAGGACAGGACCCCCACUGGCCUGCCAGAGCCCACUCUCAAAGUGGCAGACUUCGGCUUGAGCAAAGUGUGCUCUGCUUCCAGGCUCAACCCAGAGGAGCCUGUCAAUGUGAACAAGUGUUUCCUUUCCACAGCCUGCGGGACUGACUUCUACAUGGCCCCUGAGGUCUGGGAGGGACACUACACUGCCAAAGCAGACAUCUUCGCCCUGGGCAUUAUCAUCUGGGCCAUGGUGGAGCGCAUCACUUUCAUAGACACAGAGACCAAGAAGGAGCUGUUGGGGAGCUAUGUGAAGCAGGGGGCUGAGAUCGUGCCCGUCGGGGAAGCGCUUUUGGAAAAUCCCAAAAUGGAGCUCCACAUCCCUGUGAAGAAAAAGAGCAUGAACGCCAGCAUGAAGCAGCUGAUCAAGGAAAUGCUGUCUGCCAACCCUCAGGAGCGUCCAGACGCUUUCGAGUUGGAGUUGAGAUUAGUCAAUAUCGCUUGUAAAGAAUGUAACUGGGAUACGUGAGGAUUGGGAGAGGGGGGGUAAAUAAAAUAUAUAUAAUUUGUAUAUUGUUUUGGAUUUCUAUAGAAACUGGUGCUGUUUAACAUCAGCAUUUUCAUGGGAGCAAAAAUUGCUGUACUUCAGGAAUUCAGUUUACUAGCUUAAAAAAAAAAAAAAAAUUGAAACCCCUAGUUUGACAGUAUUGUUAAAUUAUGCUGCACUAAGAUUUCUUUUUUGUGCAAAAUGAUUAGUCUUAAUAUGUUGAGUUGUGGUUAUCCUCUGAAUUAGGGGAUGUAAAGAUAGUGGAAUGGCUGCUUGGCCCCGCACCACAUUCCAAACUGAAACGCAGUACCAGGGUUAUUGUUUUGCAUGCUAGUAGUGCAAAAUAAUUGUCAACAUUCAUUUGGAUGACCUCAAUCCAGAGCUAUGACAUUUGGCAGCCUGGUUGCACAUAUUUUAUCAAACAAAUAUUAAUCUGAAUGGAAAAAAUGAUGUGUUUUUGAACUCUGAAAGUCUUUCCCUGCUCUCAUUCAAACACGCUUCCUGCGGGGGUUUGUAUAGAAGUGCAGUAUGUGAUGCCUUUGUUCCUUGUUUGCUGUGAAAGUUGAAGUUUUUUUGGUGAAUUUUCUUUUUCCAUCAGGUGGUAUUUGUGAUAUUUUUUCUUUAUGAAAACAAACUUGAAGUCGUAUACCUUUCAUAUGGACAUUAUUUAUAAACAGAAUGUAACAAGACACAGUUUAGACUUGGAAUUGGACCUGUUUUCUACAAGUGUUCUGCAGGGUGAAACUAUAUUUAUUGUGACCUGAGAAUUGAAAGUCAAGUAAAAACAUGUCAAUACAGAACUUUAUUUUAUUUUUUAUAUAUUUUACUUUUGUAUUGGUCAUCAAAUAAUGCAAUAUGGGCCAGAAUAUGAAAGUAGAUAGAAUUUGUUUUACAUUUUUUCUUGAUAGUUUAAUUAAGUUUUAUUCCUUUCAAAAUAGAGGCAAACUUGCUUUUAAAUUGGGCCAUACUACUCUGUGUGUGUGUGUGUGUGUGUGUGUGUUAAAAUAUUUAAACAGCGGACAAGACAUCCUAUGGAGGGAAGACUGUGGUUAAAAGUGGCGUGCCAUUCCAGGUUGAAGGUGGUCAUUCCACCUUGCCCAGGGUGUCUCCAGGCUCUUCCUUUUUAGUGUGGCCCUGUGUGUGAAAACAUUGUUUUAGAUACAGGAAUGUCCAUGUCAAAGGGAUUUACACCCUCAAGUUUGGGUUGCAGGUGUGCAGCACCAAGUAGGUCAUCCAUGUCCUGAAACAACAUCGCUGCUAAAGCUGGCUGAUGUGAGUUAUUAUUAUCCCAUGUAACCUUUUCUUCCUUUCUUUCUUUCUUUCUUACCACAAAACUUUCGCAUGGAUACAAACAUGAUCUUUACCCUUCCAGUCCAUCCUUUUUGUAUGAUUUACAGACAUUCUUCUAACUCUUGUGUGUUGCACAUAAAUCUCAGUCAUUGCCCUGCUUGCAGUGGUUACUGUAUAUUUAUUGGAUGUACAAGAAGUUGAAGACAGUGGCCCCAUGUUCAUGAUUUUAACAAACCUAUUCCUGGGGUACAUUGUGUACUGUUUACUGUAAAUAAGUACAGUAAACUAGAUUGCCAUUACUGUAUUUUUGUGUUGUAAUCCAUGCCUUAUAUAUAUAUAUAUAUAUAUAUAUAUAAUAAUCAUAAAGUAUUUUGAAAGCUGUUGGUGUAGUCUGGUACACAUGAAAUAUGUACCACAGCAGUCUCUGAUGUAUGGGCAUAGCAUUUUAAAAGAGUGAACAUUUAAACCCCCAAACUAUUUUGUGUCUAAUAUAUUUUAUCAUAUUUUGAUGAUAUAGGACACACACAGUGAAACUGUGCCCAUAUUGAGGUUCUCUACACCAAAAUAAUAAUAAUAAAAAACAGUACUUGGGGUAACUGAAUAUGUGAGACAAGGUUGGCACCCUUCAAAUGAAGUGUCGUGUCUGCAUCCUGGGAAGAGAACAGGUCUGUACUGAAGGCAGGCAGUCUUAGCAAUAGCAGCCAAGUGGUAAAACCCACUUGCCCACUGCCAAAGUGGGAGUAAAAACAGCAGCCAAAUCUAAGUGAUAAACUUGACACUCAGUAUUUUAAGUUAUUGUAAAAUAUGUUUUAAAGAACAUUUAUAAAAGGUGAAAAUUAUGUAAUUUAUUGUGAAAUGUAUGAUUGUGAAAUGACUUUUUAAAUAAAAAUAUCAGAUCAUUUUAAUGC